AUGCAAGAGAUAUGCAACGCGGCCCUACCCCUGGACACCAACCCGCUGGUGCGCAAGAUAAAAUGCGAGGAGUUUCCCAUCAGGGGCAAGCAGCCCAGAGCUGGUAUGGGGGUGCGCGAUGAAAUGGAGGAGGAGUUCGCGGCGAAGAGGAACACGCCGCCGAUGGGGGCGGCCGGCGCCGGCGAGCAUGGGGGCAACGGGUUCUGGCUGGCGGCGGUCACGGCGGCCGGCGCGCCCCACCCGAUGCUGGACGCGUGCACCGAGACCGGCUUCAUCAACAGCCAGCCGUCCAUGGCGGAGUUCAUGACGGCGCUGCCGCAGCUAGGCGAGCUGAGCCCGCAGCACACGCCGCCCGGCUACGGACCCGACCUGCCCUCGCCGGGCGGCGGGCUCAACGUGCCCGAGUACCCUUGGAUGAAGGAGAAGAAGACCACGAGGAAGAGCAGCCAGCAAGGCCGUAUUUCGCCAGCGGCGUUAAAAUCGCAGCUCUCGCAUUCCCCGCUCGGAAGUGUCUCGCGGCUGGUGCACGGCCGUGAACCGCUACCGAGGCAAUCCGUCACUGUCAGCGCUAUCGAGCGCCGCACGCCUCUAUGCAGCCCUGGUACAGCUUUGUGCCCGCACCAAACUUACAUAUUGGAUUCACGGAGUUCCGACCGAUUUCAAAAAGCGAUGUAUCCC